UUGCCUUAUCCUCCGCGCGUCCGAAGAAGUAACCCUAGUUAACAGUCGAAGCUACGGAGACCGAGCCAUGCCGAUCGAGGACGUGAGCAUCGAGACGACCGAGGCGGCGGGCCCCCAAAAGGUGCCGUACUGGGACCCGCCGCCGGCGCCGCUCCUGGAAACGAGCGAGCUGAUGAAGUGGUCGCUGUACCGCGCGCUCAUCGCCGAGUUCGUGGCCACCCUCAUCUUCCUCUACGUGAGCAUCGCCACCGUCAUCGGGUACAAGGACCAGUCCAAGGCCCUGGCGUGCAACGGCGUCGGAUUCCUCGGCGUCGCCUGGUCCUUUGGCGCCACCAUCUUCAUCCUCGUCUACUGCAUCGGCGGCAUCUCAGGUGGGCACAUCAACCCGGCCGUGACGUUCGGGCUGUUCGUGGGGCGGAAGCUGUCGCUGUUGCGCACCGUGCUGUACAUCGUGGCGCAGUGCCUGGGCGCCAUCUGCGGCGUGGCCAUCGUGAAGGGCAUCACGGGGGAUCAGUACAGCCUCCUCGGCGGCGGCGCAAACUCAGUGGCCGACGGCUUCUCCGUCGUGGCCGGCCUCGGCGCCGAGAUCAUGGGCACGUUCGUCCUCGUUUACACCGUCUUCUCCGCCACCGACCCCAAGCGCACCGCGCGAGACUCAUUCAUCCCGGUGCUGGUGCCGCUGCCGAUUGGGUUCGCGGUGUUCGUGGUGCACCUGGCGACCAUCCCCAUCACCGGCACGGGCAUCAACCCGGCCAGGAGCCUUGGCGCCGCCGUAAUCUUCGGCGAGGCAUGGAAAAACCACUGGAUCUUCUGGGUUGGGCCGCUGAUCGGGGCAACGGCGGCGGCGCUGUACCACAAGCUCGUGCUGCGCGGGGAGGCCGCCAAGGCGCUCGGCUCCUUCAGGAGCACCAGCGCCACGGUGUGAGCACGCGUGCGAACGGCGAGAGAAGCUUUUGGAGAUUAGGCAGCCCUGCUUCCUGCAAUUGAUUUCUCUGCUCAUCGGUUAUUCGUUGUCGUCUCGUUUAAUUAAUAUACUACAGCAGCUAGCAGAUCCUUGCAUGAACUGCAUGUACGUGUAAGAGUGUCGAGGUGUGCGCUUGCUUGUCUGUGCCAUUUGUUUUUGGGUUUGGGACUGCAAGGUCGUCGUGUCCAUGUAUAAACCUUUAUAUGUUCUGCUUUAUAAGUACUUUGUUAGGAAUAGCUCCUACUCCCUCCA